AACUUGUUGAAUUCCAAAUACGAUGUCGUUUGCUUGGAGAAAUCUUCUGGCUCUACUCAUAUUGGUAUUGAUAUCACUCAAAUCUGAAGCACAGCUAGAAGAAUGGUGUGUAGCUGAUGAACAGACGCCAGACGACGAGCUGCAGAUAGCGUUAGACUGGGCCUGUGGGAAAGGAGGAGCAGACUGCAGUGAGAUACAGAAAAACCAGCCAUGUUUCAUGCCAAACACGGUCCGAGAUCAUGCUUCUUAUGCGUUCAAUAGCUACUUUCAGAAGUUCAAGCACAAGGGUGGCAACUGUUAUUUCAAAGCCGCUGCUGUUAUUACUGGCGUUGAUCCAAGUUAUGGAAAAUGCAAGUAUGAUUAUAUUCCUUGAAGUAAAGAACACAAAACAAGUCAGAGCACACAAUUGGA